CCUCUCGGAUUGCUUGUGAAUUUUAUUAAAUAAUAAAUUAUCAGUGAUUUUUAUUGAUAAUUAGAAUAAACAACAAUCAUAAUGGUGGAAGCACAAAAGUUUCGGAUAGAGCAGGAGAUGACCAAUCUCGUCAAUGAAUUGGAUAAAAGCUAUUUGCGAAAAAUGCAGGGUGACAUGCACAGAUGUGCGGCUCAGUGCUGCGAUAACCAGCAGAACACUCUAGAAAGAGUGCACGGAUGCAUAGACAACUGUACUACCUCCCUCAAUCUAGCUAACAACUAUGUACAGACUGAAAUAAACCACUUCCAAAACAGGCUACAGCGCUGUGUCAUGGACUGCAAUGAUUCGGCGCGAGACAGGCUUGGCCCGGACCCUAGCCAAGAGACUAUCGAUAAAUGCACGAUAGACUUCGAGAAGUGUGCAGUAAAGUGUGUCGACAAGCACAUGGGACUCAUUCCUAGUAUGUUAAAGACUAUGAAGUCUGUGUUAGCGAGCGGUAAGCCUCCACCAAUGAGGAGCGAAUGAAAACCUUCAGUGUAGUCCGGACAGUUUAUAAAAUAGUGCGCUAUAAAAUACCAAAGGUGCACUCAUCGAGAAAGUCCAUUACGUAAUCCUUUUGUCUUGUAUAGGGUUGCAAAAACCGGUUUUUUUUCUGACUUGAAAAAAAAAACAGCUUUUUUCUGGAAUGUGUUUUUUUUUCUGAAAUACGAAAUCUCAAAAUUUUGCACUUGUACGGUUUUUUAGAAUUUAUGUUAACUACUGAACGAAUUAAAUUUAAUAACUUUAAUUUCUGGUCUUAUUUUAUAUUGUCUCUAUUUACUGUUGGCAACACCACCGCCUCUCCACGCUGA